AGAAGCCGCACACAAGCCGCGCGUCCCCGCGCCGCGCACCGCCCUCCCUCCCUGCGCUCCCUCCGCUCCUCCGGCCUCUGUUCCUUUAAUAAACUCCUGCUUAUCUGCUGUAACAAAUGUCUCGCUGCCAUCAUCAAGUCCAGGCGAGGAGGGAGGAGUUUUUAAUGUUCAGUUUGUUCUAUGGAUCGAUGUCUGCUGGCACCGCUCGACCCCUCGCCCGCUCCGUGCGUAAUCAACCCAACCGUUACCAAACACACGCGGGCCGGCUGUGCGCGUAAAAACCCCCGCGACAUCUGAUCCGAUCCCCCUGCAGGAAUCAGAGUGACUGACUGACUGACACACGUCGAUCAGCAUAUGUGGGGACUGAUGGACGCCAGCGGAUGGUGAGAGGAGACGACUGUCCCCCCGGAGGAGGAGGAAGAAGAGGAGGAAGAGGAAGAAGGAGGUGAAAGAGGAAAGAAUAGCGCUGAUUUCCAGCCAGUCCCCCCUCGAUCCCCGCGAUCGCUGAGUCCUCUCGUCUCGCUGGAUAUUUGAUUGUGCUGAUUGUGAAAAGAGCGUGAACUACUCGGAGUGCCGACGUGCGUGUUGCCCGGACCGCCCGAGACCGCAUUCCCGUCACCUGGGCCGGAUCAUUCCCCUCCACCUGGGCAGGAUCAUUCCCGUCACCUGGGCCGGAUCAUGCCGCGGAGGAAGCAGGAGGCGCCCCGGCGCGCUGCGGUGUACAUGCCUGAGGAAGAUGCUGAUCUCCAGGCUUCCAUUGCUGAAGACGAUGGAGAGAAUGACACUCAAACCGAGGGAGAAUGCUCAGAGAAGACCAGCCCUAAAGUGUCAGAGGACCGAGAGCUGGAUAACAAGAGCGCCAACACCUACAGCAACCAGAACUCUCCCGUUAGCGUCCUGUCUAAUCAGGAGGCAGAGCUGGAAUCACGCCUUAGUGACAGCAGUGACAGACUCUCAGACUUCAAAACCUCAUCACUACCUGAGAGCCAGAAGGAGGAAGAGGCUUGCAACUUAAAACACAAAGAGGAAAUGGGCAACAGCUUGGAGAAGAUGAGGGCAGCCUAUGCAAACUUUCUCUCAGAUUCCUACUGGACGGGGAUGGGAAUUGACUUGAAAAUUGGUAAAAACACCAGCAAAGUCAACUGCGACAGCACCAAUGGAAGCACCAAGAGCGAGUUUGACUGGCACCAGGAUGCGCUCUCUAAGACCUUGCAGCAAACGCUCUCCCCAAAACCUGCGUCCAAACCCAACCUCUUCAGCUCCGUCCACCUGUACAGGCAAACCAGCAAACCCUGCGGCUCGGUCUUCACGGGAGCCAGCCGAUUCCGCUGUAAGGAUUGCAGCGCGGCGUACGACACACUCGUUGAGCUCACUGUCCACAUGAACAAAAGUGGACACUACCAAGACAACAACCAUGGCAAACAGAGUAACUCUUCUGGCUCAUCCUCUAAAUCUAGGAAACGGAAUUUACAUGAUCUUGAAGGAAAAGAGGAUGCCCAGAAAGUUUUGAAAUGCAUGUUCUGUGGCCAUUCUUUUGACUCGCUGCAAGAUUUGAGUGUCCAUAUGAUUAAGACUAAGCAUUACCAAAAAGUGCCUUUAAAAGAGCCGAUCCCAGUGCUUACACCCAAAUUACUGCCACCAGCGAAGAAACGGGCCUUUGAAGCGACGAGGCCUUGUUCCCCAGACUCUACAACUGGCGUAUCCGGCUACACUGAGGCACAACGGGCUGCCGCCAUUUCAAAUGCUAACAGUAAUCGCUACGGAUAUCAGAAUGGAGCAAGUUAUACUUGGCAGUUUGAGACAUGCAAGUCUCAGAUUCUCAAAUGCAUGGAGUGCGGAAGCUCCCAUGACACCCUUCAGCAACUCACUACACACAUGAUGGUAACUGGGCACUUCAUCAAAGUCACAAACUCGGCUUCUAAAAAGGGCAAACAGUUAGCGCUGGAUCCCCUGGCUGUAGAGAAGAUACAGGGCCUAGCCGAGCCUGCUGCCAAUGACACGGAAGGAGAAAAGGUGUCCCCAAAAAAUCACUCCCCUGGGAGCAGUGACAAGGACAGCCAGGGGGAAGGUGCAUCAGACAAAACGGAAGAAAUUGAAACUAAAGAUGACAAGCCAGAGACAGAGGAUCAAAAGGCUGGCGAUGGAGACUUUAAGUACCCCUAUCUCCGUGAGGAGGAUCUUGAACAAGAUGCUGGUGGAGGAGGGGACAUUCUUAAAUCUUUAGCUAAUACAGUGGCUUCUGCCAUAAAUAAAGCUCAAACAGGGACACCGAGCUGGAGUGCCUACCCGAGCAUUCACGCUGCCUAUCAGCUCUCCGGCAUCAUCAAAAGUACCCCACUCUCUGCAUCUCCCCCUGCUCAGCUAAAGCAGGCAUUUAACCACAAACUGAGGCCAAUUGCCCCAAAGGCGAAGCUGUACCCUGGUGCUGUGGGUGUUGAGACUCCCCAGGGACAUCAAAAUGUGGACAUCAAAAAGGAAAAGGUUGGCAUUAGCGAAGGUAAAGAAAGCCAGAAUAUUAAGUUUGAUCUGGUGGAAAACGAUGACAGCGAUUGUCAAGACGAUUCCUCUUCCUCUUCAAAGCUUGAUGCAGACUGUGUGAAUGAAGGGAGUGAAGUGAUCAAAGGGAAGUUGAGCCCAUAUUUCUCUGACAGAGGCAAGACACCCAGCCCCACUGCCAGCAAUGGACGCAGCUCUACUUCAGAGCCUCUCAGUGACACUCCGGAUAUACUUGGCAUAAACCCUCUUAGUGCACUGCAGUCAGUUUUGAACAAUCAUUUGGGCAAAGCAAAUAAGCCUAAUAACUCAAGACUAGAUAAAACAUCUACACAUACACAGUCUGUUUUUGCUGAGAUUAACCGUAGCAGCGACAAACCAGCUUUAAUGCUUGGAAGUCCUCUAAGAAAUAGACCUGAUAACAGUUUUCUCUUUGUUAAUGACGACCAGCCAAUAGACCUGACAAAAUCUAAAAACAGCAAAACAAGCUCCUUGCUGCUACAGCCUUCCACCCCGCUGCCACAGAAAUAUGCUUUGUCUGACAUUGCAGAUAUGGUUAAAGUUCUUCCAAAAGCCACUACGCCAAAACCCUCCAUGCCAUCGAGGAUUCCAACCAUGAAACUGGAAUCGGAUGUCAGGCGCUUUGAGGACGUGUCUGCCGAUGUGUACUCUGUCCACAAGCGCAAAGGUAGACAGUCCAACUGGAAUCCUCGCCAUCUUCUCAUCCUGCAAGCUCAGUUUGCCUCCAGCCUCUUCCAGACCUCUGAGGGAAAAUAUUUGCUAUCAGACCUCGGGCCUCAGGAACGGAUGCACAUCUCCAAGUUCACCGGAUUGUCGAUGACCACCAUUAGCCAUUGGUUAGCAAAUGUAAAAUACCAACUGCGGAAAACAGGAGGGACCAAAUUCCUGAAGAACAUGGACACAGGCCACCCAGUCUUCUACUGCAAUGACUGUGCUUCCCAGUUUAGGUCACCGCCUUCUUUCAUUUCUCAUCUGGAGUCGCAUCUCGGCUUCCAAAUCAAAGACAUGUGCAACAUGCCGGUAGAGCACCAGACAAAGAUAGAGGAGCCAGAACUGUCAAAGGCCCUCAGCGUCAGAGCCACCGAAGCUCUGGUCGCAGAGGAGGACAUUGAUUCCAAGUUCAGAUGUAAGCUCUGCUGUCGGACAUUUGCAAGUAAUCACGCCGUCAAACUCCAUUUGAGUAAAACUCACAGCAAAUCCCCUGACAACCAUUCACAAUAUGUGGAAAUGGACAAAGAGUAGCAUCUCACACUCUUGUCACUCUUUUCCUUUUCUUCUUUUUUCAAUUUUAAUACAUGGGUCAGAUGUUUCAGCCAAUUUUCAAUUAGUAUUGUGUAGUUUGCAUCAUUAUGACUUAAAAAAAAAUCAUUGGAGUACAGCUAAGACACGGAUUUGGAACUGCGUAAACAAACACUACAAGAUACUUUUGCACCCUGCUCAAAUGCACCACCAGUAAUGAAAUGUGUUACUGCUUGAAAAAGAAAAGAAAAAAAAAACAUGAGUGCUGAUGUUUGCAUGCAAUAGCCCUGGCUAUGACUACUAUUUAUUUGUAUGAUAUGUCAAGUUUCAAUUGUAUUUCAGACACAAAAUAAUCGACUAACUGAACAACAGCCUGUCAUACAGAACCCCUGCACAAAGGUGCAGCUGUUACAUGACGACACUCAUGCAGACCUGUACAGUGUAUUGCUAUGUAAAGAUGUUUUGUGUUGCAAUGAUAAAAGAAAAAAAAGCACUUUAAUUAAUAAAUGUUUAAUCACCAGUUUAGUUGCGGAUUCUGCAUUUGACUCAAAACUAACUAAACAGUUUGGAAUCAAGGACAUGUAAAUAUAUUUUAGGAAAAAAAAAAGUCAGUUUCAUGCAACAACGAUAACACCAAGACAGAUGCGACCUGUGAUACCUGCACCUUUUUAUACUUAUUCAAA